CGUCGACCUCAACCGGCCAAACCGACGUGCCCCCGCGUGCAGCAGAAUGAGUGUUUAGGUAUUAUAUGCAGAGAAGUGAAGAAGUUGGAGAAGAAGAAGAAGGAAGAUGAAGAGGAAGAAAAACCGAUACAACAGGCAAGAGCGUGUAUAAAGUCUCACUAGAGAACCUCUCUUUUGGUACAUAUGCAUUCAAUGCGUCAUGCACCCUCUUCAUUUUUUUUAUUAUUUCGACCGGUGAUUGUUUUCAUGGCUGUGGUGUUUUCUAAUUUUUAUUUGUUGCCUCUCUUAUUUUCGCUGCUUUAUGUCAUUUUGUGUUUUUUUCUUUAUAUUUUAUUUGUUUCCCUUCCCCUUUGUUUACUCUUUCUCUAUACUUUGUUUAAUCUUCUAUUUCUUUUGUCUGGAUGGAAUGUUCUCCAUCUGUCUGUCUGCGUUUUCAUUGUUACUCUCCAUCUCUGUCUUUUAUCAAAUAAACAGAGCCUGGCGGAUCGAAAACCAAACUACUUUUUAUACUCUUCUUCUUGUUCUUCCUACUCGUGUUUUUUCUCUUUUUGUUAAUCCUGAAGUAUGAAGGAGAGUUAGGCAGCAAGGAUAUUCGUAUUCACUGUCAAUGGGAGUUAGAGAGAGAGAGAGAACAGGAGGUGCUCACUGUCAAGCUUUUCUUAUUUAUAUUUUAUUCUUCAGUAUAUUAUUAGG